AUGGUCAACACAAAAGCCUCAGAUGAUAUUCUCGUUAUUCCUGUAUCAGUGCAAUCUAUUAUUCUCCCAGAUCAGAAUCUGUCUGUCUCGUCAUUGCUUCGAUUUUCACUCCCAUCAGCUUCAACUACCACUGCUCCGCCAUUGUGCAAAUAUUUUAGUACUGACUCCCCGCCCAAGGACAGUUCAUAUCUCAAUUAUCUCCGCACACAGUCCCUUCCCAAGCUUGCAGUUCUGCAUCAGCUCCUAGAAGGGGCGCAACAUGAACAGGAAGAAAUCCUCGAAGACGAAGAAGACACAUGGCUCGAUGAGACGCUAGCGGCUAAACCAGCAGAGGAUUCAGCCUUCGACAUUGAAGUGGACGCAAACCUUCAUGCACCAAUUGUCACCAAGGCCUUGUCUGAUGAAUGCGAGGAAAGUCCUAUCAACAGCUUGGGUAGCACUCAAGGUGAUGCUACAGAGGACGAUGCUGACCUAGAAGGCAUGGACACCGAGUGGGACGGAUUUUGGUAG